ACCGAUUUUUUCCACAGCUCUAUUGACGACGUAGAAGCUAAAAAAAUUGUGGAGUGAAAAAUUGUGAAAAGUGACCGAAAAAACUAUUAUUUGGCCAGCUAUAUAUCCACUUACAGCACAGCAGCUAUGAACAUGUACAACGGACAGGUUAACGCAUACGGAGGCGGCGGCGGAGGAGGAGCUGGUGGCCUAGCCGGCGGUAUGGUGCCCAAUCGCAUGGGCGGCGGUGCUCCCGGGGGCGGACCCGGUGGAGCAGGCAUGUUCCAGCGCAACCGAUCCGCUCCAUACCCAGGUUUCAAUGGUCACGGACCCGCCAAUGGUGGCCAGCGACGCAUGAACGGUGGAGGUCCUGGCAUGGGACCCGGAGGACCCCGCAAUCAGGAUGGAUUUGGUGGUCAGAACGGUGGCCAGCGCUCUUCCAAUCACGGCGCCCACCUGCCCAAGAUCGUUUGGUCCGAGGUGAAUCUUACGCCAUUCCGCAAGAACUUUUACAAGCCGUGCGAUUCGGUGCUGGCCAGAACUGCCGGUGAAACAGAGACCUUCCUCACCAGCAAUGAGAUCACCAUUAAGGGCGAUCAGGUGCCCACACCCAGUAUUGAAUUCGAGGAGGGCGGCUUUCCCGACUACGUGAUGAACGAGAUCCGUAAGCAGGGUUUCGCCAAGCCAACGGCCAUUCAAGCCCAGGGUUGGCCCAUUGCUUUGAGUGGACGGGAUCUGGUGGGCGUGGCCCAGACCGGAUCGGGCAAGACCCUGGCCUAUGUUCUGCCAGCGGUGGUGCACAUCAAUAACCAGCCGCGCCUGGAGCGUGGUGAUGGACCCAUUGCCCUGGUGCUGGCACCCACUAGGGAGCUGGCCCAGCAGAUCCAGCAGGUGGCCAUCGAGUUCGGCAGCAAUACGCAUGUGCGCAACACUUGCAUCUUUGGCGGAGCCCCCAAGGGACAGCAGGCUAGGGAUUUGGAGCGCGGCGUGGAGAUUGUGAUUGCCACACCAGGUCGUCUGAUUGAUUUCCUCGAGCGAGGCACCACCUCCUUGAAGAGAUGCACCUAUCUGGUGCUAGACGAGGCCGAUCGUAUGCUGGACAUGGGCUUCGAGCCCCAGAUCAGAAAGAUCAUGCAGCAGAUCCGACCGGACCGUCAGGUUCUGAUGUGGUCCGCCACCUGGCCCAAAGAGGUGCGCCAGCUGGCUGAGGAGUUCCUUAAUAACUAUAUACAGGUGAACAUUGGUUCGCUUUCGCUUAGCGCCAAUCACAACAUCCUGCAGAUCGUGGACGUGUGCGAUGAGAACGAGAAGUUAAUGAAGCUGAUCAAGCUGCUUACGGACAUCUCGGCGGAGAACGAGACGAAGACCAUAAUUUUCGUGGAGACCAAGAAACGUGUGGACGAGAUCACGCGCAAUAUCUCCCGUCAGGGUUGGCGCGCAUGCGCCAUUCACGGCGAUAAGUCGCAGCAGGAGCGCGACUUUGUGCUCUCGAGCUUCCGCAAUGGCCGGCACUCGAUUCUGGUGGCCACCGAUGUGGCUGCCCGCGGACUCGACGUUGACGAUGUCAAGUUUGUGAUCAACUAUGAUUAUCCUUCGAACUCGGAGGACUACGUUCAUCGCAUUGGACGUACCGGACGAUCCAAUAACACCGGCACGGCCUACACAUUGUUCACUCAUUCCAACGCCAACAAGGCCAACGACUUGAUUCAGGUGCUGCGCGAGGCCAACCAGACCAUCAAUCCCAAGCUGAUGAACAUGGCCAUGAGCGGAGGCUACAACAAGCGCGGUGGCGGCAUGGGUGGCGGCUACCGUGGCGGCAAUGGCUAUCAGGGUCGCAACCCACAGAUGGGCGGUGGAUACAAUGGCGGCAACAACUACCGCAACAACAAUGGUCCCGGUGCCAACAUGAACCGCAAUUCCUUCAACGGCGGCGCUGCCGGUGGACCACCACGAUUCGAUCAGAAACCACGCACUUCUCCGCCGAAUCAGGGCGGACAAGGCGGCUACCGUGGCCAGGGAGGCGGUGGCUACCAGGGCCAGCAGCAGCAGCAACAGCAGAACGGCGGAGUUCACUUCUCGCGCUUCAAUCCCAAUGCCGCUUGCUUUGAGCCCAACAAGGCACAGAAUGGUCCUGGUUCUGGACCGCAACAGGCACAACAGGCGCAGACUGCCCAGCAGCUACACCUUCUGCCCGAUGCAGCAUUGCAAUCAGCGUUAACGGCUGCGAACUUCAUAAACGAUCAGAAGCGUUCUCGCUUCUCGCCGUACAACAUGAACUUUGCCAACAUGCCACCACCAGCGAUGAACCAGCAGCAGCAGCAACAGGCGGCGGCGGCCCAGCAGCAGCAGCAGCAGCAGCAACAACAGUUGCAGACUCCCCAGCAGCAGCAACAACAGCAACAGCAGCAGCAGCAAUUGCAACAGCCACAGGCUUAUGGCCAGUACUCGUCGAUGUCCUCCAGUAUGGCAACCGUGUCGCUGAACGGAGGAGCUGCAGCAGUGGCCAACUCUUACCGCGCCCAGUAUGCAGUGCCCACGCAGGCGGCACCCUAUAUGAUGGCGAAUGGCGGCGAUAUCUUUGCCUAUCCGCCGCCACCACUGCCUGUGCAGAACUAAAGGAUCUGCAGUUCGAUAGAGGCUACCAAAUUGUAGAUCAGCUCUACUGUAAUUUCCUUUCCCCACACGAAACAUAACACGCACAUCCGUACACCCACCCGUAUAAUUGUACACAAGCCACGAUCACAAGUCCAGAAACUUUAUAGGGAAGAUGUUAGAUGAGCGUCGGUGAUGUGCGUAUCGUGUAGAUCUCCUCCGCCCACAUCAUAGCUAUAUAAUAUGGUUUAAUCUGGAAUCAAAUACGCUUUUAAUUUGAUUAAAAUCUUUGUUUUCCCACAAAAAAACCCCACAUUUAGUUGAUAAGCUUUUGGUUUAGUCAAAUUGUUAGGGCAUUCGAGUGCCGAUCAUCGAUGUUGUUGGCAUUUAUCUUUCCAGAGCCCUGGGCGUAUUUGAUUUCUUUAUACAAUUCUCGAAUAUUGUACCUAUCUAUACAUACACUGCAAAAGAAAUGUUUGCAAUGCUCCAAACAAACCCAAGCCAAAAGAGAUUAGAUACAAUCGGAUUACGAAGGAACACUAAAUGGGAAAGCGCUCCCGCACACCUUUCACACUAUCGGACACGUGUACACAUAAGAAACAAUGUCAAUUUCGUGGAAUCAAAUGCGUAUUAUUAUGUCAUCUUAAACCAUAUUAUGUGACUAGUCUAAUGAAUUGCUUAGCUGGAUACUUUUCACACAAUAACAACUUUAAAACAUACAAAAAACAAUGAAACAUCAAAAUACUUUCAGAAAUAUGAAAUGCAAUUCCAUUUUAUGUCAGCCCAUAAGUAUGAAUUGAUAACAAGAUAUGAAUAAAGGAAUUAAUUAGAAGUUCAA